AUCUCCACGUUCUAAACUUCACAUGGAGUUACGGAACCCAAAUUUACCGAGCCAUUACCCCUUCAUUUCGCCCUCCAGCUUUACCAUCAACAUCGGCGAUAAAUUUUACGCCUCAUGAUCGACACCACCGAAGAACCCAAUUUUCGCAUCUUUCUCGAUUGUAUCUCUACACCCUUGAUUGAGCAAUGCACAUCUGCCUCCGACCCAAAUACAUCGAAACGGAAGACGAGGAAAGCUAAAGCGGGGAGAAAAACGGCGAUAAAACCUCUAUCGAAAGAGAUCGACGUAGAAGAAACUAAAAUCAACGAUGCAGAGGAGCUGGCGGAGUUCAUUGAGUACAUCGCUCUAGAAAUAUUCACGCAUCUCCCAUCCGACCUCCGAACCUUAUCAUACACAACCUACACCCACGACCCAUCUCUCCAAAGAAAAUAUCCCUCCCUACACCCCCUCGAUUUCGAAACCUCGACUCUCCUCACCGAUUCGCUCCCCCCUGAAAUCUCAGACUCACUGCACACCUACUCCCUGCUUCCCCCCUGUAUAACCCUCUCUUCCUUCCUCCACACGCCCCUCUUCACCUACUUCUCGCAUAUCCUCUCUCCGCCCCCCACACCCCAAGCCCUCCGCGCCGUCACCACCGCCUGCGAGCUCUGCGACCGCGAUUGGAUCCCCCUCACGUACCACCAUCUCAUCCCCAAAUUCGUUCAUGCGAAAGUCCUGAAACGCGGGUGGCAUACCGAGGAAGAACUAAACAAUGUAGCGUGGUUAUGCAGAGCGUGUCAUAGUUUUGUGCAUCGCGUUGCGGGGCAUGAGGAAUUGGCUAGAGAAUAUUAUACGGUUGAGUUACUGGCUGAGAGGGAAGAUGUGCAGAAGUUUGUGGAUUGGGUGGGUAGAGUGAGAUGGAAGAGUAGAUGAUGAACAUCCGAGUUGGUGAUGGAUGAAGAUAUGCGGACGAAGAAGAAAGACGGGAAUUAUGGAUUGAAGGUCAAGACGUAGUAGUUAUGCAUGUAUUUAGGCAGGUAUGUAUGACCAUAGGCUGAGGAGAUCGAAGCUAUGCCCACCCCUUUUGAACCCACGAUUUUUCGGAUUCAAACUUACCGAAAACGAACAUCAGUCUCUGGUAGUCAAGAUCAAAUUCCUGUAGUGCGCGAGUUGUCUUCCUCGCACGUAUACUUCCUAUGCAUAAGUGUUAAGGAUAUGUAGAUGUUUUCAUAACUUUUUAUGCCUGGUCGUCUACUUUAUCAAUGAAACUGAUAAAUUUUUCAACUCGUGACGUCAACGUGGAUAGUCUUUUUAAAGAAAGGUAAGCAUCCUAUAUAUCACAGCCUUCCCCGGAGAAGAUAUGCCCUCCGCGCUGAUACAU